UCUUGACUCUUUGAGGGCUCUGCUACUUUUGCUAUGUCUGAAAAAGCUGCUGGUUGUUGCCAUCUGGUUCUACAAGUGAUCUCUCCUGAGAGAUGAGGACGCCACCGGGUACUGACAGGUGUCAGACUAACAAUAGGAAUUUAGGAGUGGCAAGUUCUUUAUAAAUGUUGUUGCAGUGGGAAUCUGUGGCUGCUAAGCUUCACUGCCACGCAUCAUUCCAGAAAAAGGUGAAGACGCUGCCUGCCUGCCUGCCUAUUCGUCGUAAUCGUCCUGCCUCUCCUCUGUCUAGAGAUUACUGAAGUGACAUGUUGAUCCAAAAAAAAGCAAAGAAGUGAAGGCACACAAUCCCAGUGACAUAACCUGGAGACUGCAUGACUUGCUUGAGCCCACGCUUCUGCUCACCACACAGGCCCCUACAGUAAGCUUCUUCAAUGAUGUACGGACUGCUGUGCGAGAGUCUACAUGACUUCAUCAAGGAAUCAUAUGGCGAUGACGUGUGGAAGCUGGUUCGUGAGAGAGCGGAUGUCAGGUUACACUCCUUUGUUACCCAUCAGGUUUACAGUGAGAGUGUGAUUCCCCGUAUUGCCAAAGCUGCAAGCGGGGUCACAGGCACACCAUACAAUGAACUCAUGAACUCUUGGGGAGUUUAUUUCUUGGGAUUUGUUGGGAAAUACGGAUAUGACAGAAUCCUAAAGGUGCUGGGUAGACAUGUCCGAGAUUUUGUCAAUGGUCUUGACAAUCUUCAUGAAUACCUGCGUUUUAGCUAUCCUAAAGUUCAGCCUCCGACCUUCUUCUGCCAGGAGGAAUCAGCAACUGGAGUCACGCUGCACUACAGAAGUAAAAGAAAAGGAUACCUGCAUUACGCCAUGGGCCAGCUGCGGCAGAUGGGGAAGCAAUUCUAUGAUACAGACAUUCAUGUAGAGGUCCUGUCUGAACAGUUGGUGGGAGACUAUUCUCACGUCACAAUGAGGCAGCUGAAUGAGGCAGAAUUAAACUUUGACAACUCAGCCUAUCGCUACAUUCAGAAAGAAGAUGAGGAAGAGCAAGAGAUCCUUCCUAUCACUAGUGAUUUCUUUUUUGAGGUUUUCCCUUUUAACAUUGUCUUUCGCCAGGACAUGGUGGUUCAUAAUGUCGGCUCAGGCCUUGCCACCGUGUUUCCAGAUCUGGAUGGGAAGAAAAUCAACGAUGCUUUUUUGCUGGCUCGGCCUCUGGUGGAGUUCACAUGGAAUAUGAUUAUUUCUCAUCCGAAUAAUUUGUUUGAGAUCAUGUCUAAAGAACCUGUCAAAAGAGAGAGGAACCUUCAUAAUAGAGUGCAGAAUUCUGACUAUGAGAAUGCAACUAGAUCUGCUGACGUGGAUGUAGAACUCAUGGCAUUUCAAUCAAUUAUUGGCGAUGAUUAUAAAGAUGGAAACAGUUCAAACACAAUGGAGAACUGGGGAGACGGGAGCCGCUGCCUGAAGCUGAAAGGACAGAUGAGAUACAUGCCUGAAUGGGAAUCCAUUAUUUUCUUAGGGACCCCUGUGAUGGAAAGCCUCAGUGCCAUGUUUAAAACUGGCCUGUACAUUAAUGACCUUAGUAUGCACGACUCGAGCCGGGAUUUAGUGCUGGCUGGGACUCAACAGUCUGAAGAGCUGAAGCGAGCUUUGAUUCAGGAGCAAAAAAAGUCAAGCAAACUGGAGGAGAGCAUGAAGAUGUUAGACUAUGAGAUGAAAAAGACAGAUGACCUGCUGUACCGAAUGAUCCCCAAACCAGUGGCAAAAAGACUGAGGAAGGGGGAGCCAGCAGUGAACACGUGUGAGGUCUUUCCAGAUGUGACGAUCCUCUUCAGUGAUGUGGUGGGGUUCACUCGAAUCUGUAGUCACAUCACCCCAAUGCAAGUGGUCUCCAUGCUGAAUACAAUGUACACUCUGUUUGACACACUCAGCGAGAAGCACAGGGUCUUUAAGGUUGAGACCAUUGGUGAUGCAUACAUGGUAGUAGCUGGUGCUCCAGAGAAAACAAAGUAUCACGCUCACAAUAUCUGUGACAUGGCACUGGACAUGGUUCGUUCUAUUGACCACCUUAAGGACCCGUCCACUGGCAACAACAUUCAGAUCCGAGUAGGAAUCCAUUCUGGGAUGGUAGUUGCUGGUGUGGUGGGUCAUAAAAUGCCUCGAUAUGGGCUCUAUGGGGAUACCGUACACACCGCCUCAGCAAUGGAGAGCAAUGGGAAAGAGAUGCACAUCCAAUUAAGCAGUGCCACAUACGAACAUCUCAAAGGGAGCCAUUUUAUUUUUGAACGUCGAGGAACGAUCACCAUAAAGGGCAAUGUGGAAAUUGAGACUUACUGGCUUAAAGGAAAAAGGGACAAGGAUGGUAACGCACAGGCAGCCUGUCCACAGUUUGAGACACAGACCAUCAGUAAAGCCACCAUUUCUCCUUCUGACUCACCCAUCGAUGAGGAUGAGCUGGUAUUUCCUUCUGUAGCUGGAGAGGAUGAAGAUGAUGUCAAGUCGUUGCGUUCCCACCGAAUAAAACUGGAGGCCUGUGACAACUCAUUGGAAGAAUCCAUGGAGGAAAGAGCAGUAGAAGAGCAACUUGUCAAUAAGGCACAUUACAAAGACACUCUUGUAGACAAUGGGCUUCCAGAUCUUCAUAGUGGGCAGGACUCGCCGGAAUAUGAAAGAAAGAACUCCAUCGUUGAAUCGCCCACCUGCUCUAGUGAGUCUAGGAAGGUCCCAGAAAAGUGUCUUGUGUUCGGUUUCCUAAGCACUACAUUUUUGUCCAUGUUGUUUUUUGUCUGCUGUACAUAUUUUUCAAAUCAUUGUUUGUGACCUCAAGGCUUAGAGUAGCUGUACAUUUGUAAUAUACAUUUGUACAUGUAUAAUGUCGCUGAACAUGAACUUUGAUCAAUGUGAUCAAUUUCAAGUCAGUAAUAGAA